CGAAAAAUUGAAGAAAUCAAAGUUUACAAACGCCGCUGGGUAGUUUUGUUCCUGUUUGUAUUUUAUUCGGGCGCAAAUGCUGCUCAAUGGAUUCAAUACAGUAUUAUAAACAACAUUAUUGUGAAAUAUUACGGUAUUAAUGACAAGUGGGUGGAUUGGACGUCAAUGGUAUAUAUGAUUGUCUAUAUACCACUAAUUUUCCCUGGCAGUUGGUUUCUUGAUAAGAUGGGUCUUCGCAUAACAGCGCUCGUGGGCGUUGUGGGCACAUGCAUUGGUUCAUGGAUUAAAGUAUUCUCCGUGCAACCGGAUCUCUUUUAUGUCACAUUUAUUGGUCAAACCAUUGUGGCAUUGUCCCAGGUCUGUAUUUUAUCCUUGCCGGCGCGAAUCGCUGCAGUUUGGUUUGGACCUCACCAGGUGUCUUCGGCUUGUAGUGUAGGUGUAUUUGGCAACCAGCUCGGCAUAGCAGUUGGUUUCGUGCUGCCUCCAAUUUUAGUGGAAAACUCCGAUGAUCUGGAUAAAAUUGGCAGCGAUUUGCUUUUUAUGUUUUACUGCUUUGCAGGCUUUACGACCGUUUUAAUGGUGCUGAUGAUACUUUUUUUUAAGGAUAAACCACCUACACCGCCAAACCCAAAGCGUUCGGCCACAUCUUCAGAUGAAGCAGCUGCUCAGGCACCAUUUAUGCAAUCAUUGAAGAGUUUGGUGCUGAAUCGCAACUACGUACUGCUUCUAAUUUCGUAUGGAAUGAAUGUUGGCGUAUUCUAUGCAAUAUCCACUUUGCUCAAUCCGGUGGUGCUCAAAUAUUAUCCAGGCCAUGAGGUUGACACAGGUCGCAUUGGAUUGUCUAUUGUACUGGCAGGCAUGAUCGGCUCCGUCGUCUGUGGCAUUGUGCUAGACCAAAUGCGCAAAUUCAAAGAAACUACGUUAGCUGUUUACGCCUUCUCAAUGGUCGGUAUGUGGAUAUUUACAUUUACAUUGGAUACAGGACAUAUUGCCGUGGUCUACGUGACAGCUGCACUUUUAGGUUUCUUUAUGACGGGGUAUUUGCCAGUAGGCUUUGAAUUCGCCGCCGAACUGACAUAUCCGGAACCGGAGGGAACCUCCUCGGGUCUGCUCAACGCAGCCGCGCAAAUUUUUGGUAUUGGAUUCACAUCCCUGUAUUCCGAAGUAUUCUACACCUAUGGAGAUAUACCAGCCGAUGUGAUCAUGUCAAUUAUGCUGGUGCUGGGCACGCUGAUCACGGCGCUAAUUAAGCCAGAUCUGCGCAGGCAAAAGGCGAAUCGGGAUGCCAUGCCACCUGUAGAGUCCUCAGAUGUUUCUGUCAUCACAUCUGGGAAGUUGGACGGCAUCAAUCCAUAGGAACGGAUUGAUUUUGUUUAAGCAGUGCAAUGAUCGAAUGUAUGUUUAGUAUUUGAAACUAUUUCAUAGCAGCUUUAAAGUUUUAUCUUUUCCCCGUUUUUAUGAAUUAACAACGCGUUUUAGUUAUUUGAUGAUUGCAGCGCUUAAGCAAAAUCUGAGCUCAAAAAUAUUAGCUCAAGUGGUAAUAAAUAUUUAUGGAUUAACUAGAUACAUAUUUGCACCUCUAUUCUGCACCGUUUACGUAUUCGGAUUUUGGUACGAAUCGUAGAAAUCGUAUGCUGCAAUCCGAAUCGUAUUUUCGAACUUUCGGAAGCUGUUAUUGCAUUAACUGAAUUGAGAACCAGUUAUUCCGGCAUAGGAGAAGUUAUGGCUUGGAGUUCAACAAUUCAACCAGAAGUUGACAUACAUACAUAUGUAGAUGCGUCCAUGGUUACUAUGCCCAACAGCUCCGCAUAUCUUUAUGAAUUCAUUUCCAUAGCGCGCUCUUACUCCGCUGCUAUAAUUGCAAAUGAAAUAGAAUCCAUCGUUUCCUUCAAAAUAUGUAAAAUCAAAAAAUUUUAGGAUAAAUAAGCACUUGAUGAGUGUUUUUUAAAUUCCUUUCCACGUUGUUUUCCUUCAUACAGCUGUCUUUGAAAGACAACCCUAUAGGAAUUUUGUGAUCGAAACUAACACAUUCUCAUUUAUCUUACUAACACAUUUGCAAAUUUUGUGUUGGUUAAAAAGAGGUCAUAAGUUGGGGGAAGACGGAAGGUCGAUCACAUGUACACAAAUGUUUACAUCACGUUUUUCAUAUUGCUCUUAAAAAGUUGAUAGAAGUACUUGAUUGAGAUCUCCAUCAAAUGGCUAUCACUGUUCUUGUAGGGAACUGAUAGCUGGCAAUGGCUACACAGGUUUCCGCAAGGGUUGCAGCAUGUCGGUUUGUCGUUUUUCGUAACGUACAUAGCUACGAAUUACGAAAAUUCGGGUUAUAGAAUAAAGGUGUUAAUAUGUUAGCUUGAAUUAUUGAAUUCAUCCGACGAUGGAUGGACGACGGCAAAUUGCCUACCAGCAUUUAAUUUGCUUUGCGGAAGAUGUAUUAAUGAACAAUUUUUAUGUAUAGUUUUGUAUAAAAGUAAGCAUGUAAAUAGAUUAGUAAAAAGAAAUUAAGAACAUAUUUAUAUUUAUAAGUUAGAAAUUAGAAGUGCAAGUUGUUAAAUUAGUUUUAAGUAAAGCAAAAAAAAAAAUCUGAAAAAUAUAUUUUAUCAGAAAAAACAUACAAAAACUAGAAUGUAUUCCGAAAAAAAUGUGAACAUACAUACAUACAUAUACUGAGAUGCAUAAAGAUAUAAAUAUAUGUACAUAAAUAAUGAACUCAGACUAUUGUUGUUGCCACAGUGUUUUAGCACUAUAUGUAGGUAUAUAAGGAGAAGUAUAUACACAAGCAUUCUUACACAUAAAUCAUACAUACUUACUAGAUACAUAUACAUACAUACAUAUAUAUAUAUAUAUAUAUGUUUUCUUCAAAAACAUUUCGAAACGGGCCCCCUGUUCAAUAAGUUGCCAAGCAAUUGCUAUUUGUAUUUGAACAGAUGAAACAAUAUGAAAUGUACAAUAUUUAAUCGAACAAUAAACGGGUACGAACUACCCAACCAAUUCAUCAAGUA